UUGAAGGGGAGGGAACAGAGGCAGAGUGAAAGGAGCAGGGCUACAUCUGCAGGGAGAAGCUGAGAUCUGAAGGUUGAUCAAAUACUUGAAAUUCCGCUUCCGUCUGAGAGGGGCAGCCUCUCAUUAAAGUAGGAACUUUAUUUAGGAUUUUCUUCUCGUUCUCCCUGUCCCUCAAUCAAUCCUGAAACAACGGGAUUUAACAAUGGCUUCUUCACCCCAGAAAUCUCCGUCCACCCCCAAAUCUCCUACCGGUACCCCUAAAUCGCCUCCUUCAAGAAAGAAAGAUGACUCCUUUCUCGGCAAACUUGGAGGAACUUUGGCAAGGAGGAAAAAAGCGAAAGAAGUCUCUGAACUUCAGGAGGAAGGGAUAAAUGCUAUCAACCUGCCUCUCAGCCCUAUUCCUUUUGAACUGGAUCCAGAGGAUACCAUGCUAGAGGAGAAUGAAGUCAGAACAAUGGUUGACCCAAACUCCAGAAAUGACCCCAGACUUCAAGAACUAAUGAAGGUAUUAAUAGACUGGAUCAAUGACGUGCUGGUUGGAGAGAGAAUCAUUGUGAAGGAUGUGUCAGAGGAUCUGUAUGAUGGACAAGUGCUCCAGAAGCUGUUUGAAAAGCUGGAGGGCGAGAAACUGAAUGUGGCUGAAGUGACCCAAUCAGAAAUCGCUCAGAAACAGAAGCUGCAGACGGUUUUAGAGAAGAUCAAUGAUGCUCUGAAAUUCUCCCCUAGGAACAUCAAAUGGAAUGUUGACUCUGUCCAUGCCAAGAGCUUGGUGGCCAUUCUCCACUUGUUGGUAGCCCUGUCCCAGCACUUCAGGGCACCCAUCAGGCUACCUGAUCACGUGUCUAUCCAGGUGGUGGUCGUUCAGAAACGCGAGGGAAUUCUUCAGUCUCGCCAGGUUCAAGAGGAAAUCACUGGCAACACUGAGGCUUUGUCAGGAAGGCAUGAAAGGGAUGCCUUUGACACGUUGUUUGAUCACGCUCCGGACAAGUUGAAUGUCGUGAAAAAGACCCUGAUCACAUUUGUGAAUAAGCAUUUAAAUAAACUCAAUCUGGAGGUUACUGAAUUAGACACUCAGUUUGCUGACGGCGUCUAUCUUGUUCUUAUCAUGGGACUGCUGGAGGGCUAUUUUGUUCCUCUGUACAACUUUUUUCUCACCCCAGAACACUUUGAACAAAAGGUACAUAAUGUUUCCUUCUCCUUCGAACUGAUGCAGGAUGGAGGUUUGGAAAAACCCAAACCCAGGCCAGAAGAUAUUGUGAAUUGUGACCUGAAGUCAACUUUGAGAGUGCUCUACAACCUGUUCACCAAAUACAGGAAUGUCGAGUAAACAGGAAGUGACUCGGGGUGUGUUUCCAGAGCAACGACUACUAAGAACUGUUUGCCCCGCCUUCCCGUUUCAAUCAGUGCAAUGGAAAACAUAGCCACAGUACAGAUACAGUAGGUAAAUGUGCAGCUCAGUGGUAAUAUAAGCCUCAAGACUCUAUAUUGCCUAUUUAAAAGAGAAGGGACAACAUAAUGUAAAUAAGGCAAUAAAACAAGGCCCAUAGGAACAAUACAACAGUAUUAUGUGGUGUACACCCUAAAUCAUUCAUAUAUUUUACUAUCAAAAUGUGCAAAUUCAUUGGUUGCAAGUUCCUUCCUUGUAGUAUUUUUAUGGUCAGAUCCACUGGUCUCAUUUCUUGUGUUGAAGAUCUUUGGGUUACUUGGCUGUUUAUACAGAAAGUACAGUUUUUUUUGUAGAUUGAAACAGUUGAAGUUGGUAUCUACUAUAGGGAGACUGGAGUGAAAUCGGGUGACAGCACAGCACAGUAGGCGAUUUUUGUACCACGAAGUAGCAACAUUUACUUCUUUAGUAUCGUCUUUGAAAUCUUUCCGUAGCCCACAGGGAAGUGUAAAAUACAAAACAAAUAGUAAAAAGAACUUAAACAGAAAAACAGGAAUAUGAUACUAUAUACUAGUCCUAAUGAGAGGAAAGGAAAAGAUUUGGAAACCAGCAAUUAAUGUUUGUUUUGCUAAAAUGAAAUGGCUUCCGAAAGUAGCUAUGCCGUAUCGACAAUUACAAUUAACUGAAAUCCCAGAAGGCAAGUAAUUGUUCUACUACACCAAUAAUUUAGGCUGACACAUGAAAAGCAUUCAUUUGCUUCACUACUAAGAUCCAUUUAGCUGAAACUCACUUGUUCAGAAGCUAUACAAACUACACCUAUAUAGUUUUUAAAAUCUUAUUAUUGUUAUUUAUUUAUGAAUUUGAAUGAUCAUUUGAAGAGGGUCCACAGAAGAGGAUCAAUUGUUAUAUUUUAAACUCAUGAUAUUUGCAUUGGGCCUUGGUUUGUGUUUUUUUUUUUUUGUUUUCAGUUUUGUAGUUCAGUAUAAAUUGUGGCUAAGGAUACUUACUCUAUUGGACAAAACCUUAGCUGCGUAGUCUUUUGAGUCCUGUGUGUAAAAAAGUGAGGUGCCUAUUGAUAUAGAAUCAUAUAUUAUUGUACUCUCAUAAUAGUCCUCAAGGUCCUCUCUCUUGAGAAAUCAUUCACUACUGCUUUCUCUGCAGCUUUCAUGAGUCUUGGAGCUUGAAAAGCAUUAGCAACAUUCUUGAGAUGCAGUUGUCUCAUUUAAUUUGUAUGUAUGUUAUCUAUCAACUCCUAUGACCGCUAUGAAACUGUAAUGGUCUUAAAUACACAGAGGUUUAUGUAACAGAUUGUAUCUCUAUGCAGUGUGUGUCUUGGUUUGCCAUUUCAAUCCUUUUGCAACCUAAUAUGAAAAGCUCUUUGACUGCCAACAUUUUAUUGAUUUCAUAUAGUACGUGAAGUGUGAAGUUGGUUAACUGAAAGCUGUCCAAAUGAAGGUGAUGGUUUCACUUCUAAUCUGCCUGCUUCACAACCCUGCCAGUGUAAUGCAACAAGAACAAUAGCACCGUAUUUAUGGUUUCUCUUUGCUGCUUGUGUUCAGCGGCUGUAAAUGGGCGCAGUUAAGUGGGUUUUAACAAUACCUUUCAAUUACCCAUUGUUCUUCUGCAUUAUCUGUAUGUCUAUUAUCAUUAAGCCUUCAGGAUUAUGAGCUUUUACAUAAGCAGCCUUUUGACAGCAGAAAUUGCAUAA